AUGAAACCUCGACCCAUCUCUCCGUCUACUAAGCCCAACGACCCGGCCGCUUUUGCCAAGCUUUCCGCCCCGAAGGCCGUCUACAUCGAUCACAGCUCUCAGCUCCACAUAACACUCGAGUCACAGUGCCACACCAUCACUGCAUCAAACCAGGGCCAAACUGUCGCUUGCGGCUUUGCCCCCUCCCCUCCCCAGACCCCCGGCCACCUGAUCAUCGUCCCAGCCCCCCAUCUCGUCGCCAUUCUUGCGUCCUCGUGGCCCUGGAAGUGGCACUCGCAGCAACACCUUUUGGCACCUUUUCGCCAACAAUUGCACAUUCCCUCGUCAGUCGUCGCGCCGUUCGUCCGUCACACCGCAACAACCGCUGCUGCGUGUAUCCGCCUCCAACAGCACACUACUGCACCUCCUCACCUCUUUUUUCUUCCCACCUCCCCUACUCUGUUUCUUUCCCUGCAUUUCUGCAGCAACACGUCAGGUCUCACCGCCACGCCAAAGAAUCAAACCUGCAUCAUGUUCGCCCUUCUCCAGACCCUGCUCGAGUUCAACUCCCACGUCACGCUGUUCCAGCGUAUGAUGUUCCUCUUCUCCUUUUGCCUUUCCGGAAUCAUUCUCGCGGUCCAGGCGUCGCAGGCUGGUGAACCGGACCAUUUGCGCAUUCAGUGGACGCGCUUGACGGAACAGAGCCGGUGA